UGCCCCGCUAGAAUGUCGCUGCACGGCAAGAGAAAAGAAAUCUACAAAUACGAGGCGCCAUGGACGGUCUACGCCAUGAACUGGAGCGUACGGCCGGACAAACGCUUUCGUUUGGCGCUAGGAAGCUUCGUGGAAGAAUACAACAACAAGGUCCAGCUGGUGGGUCUGGAAGAGGAGAGCUCAGAGUUCGUGUGCCGCAACACCUUUGACCACCCGUAUCCUACCACCAAGAUCAUGUGGAUCCCGGACACAAAGGGAGUCUACCCGGACCUGCUGGCCACCAGUGGGGAUUACCUGCGCAUCUGGAGGGUCAGUGACACAGAAACACGUCUUGAAUGUUUGCUGAACAACAACAAGAACUCAGACUUCUGCGCGCCACUCACAUCCUUUGACUGGAACGAGGUGGACCCUAACCUGCUUGGCACAUCCAGCAUUGACACCACCUGCACCAUAUGGGGUCUAGAGACUGGGCAGGUUCUAGGCCGCGUCAACCUGGUGUCGGGACACGUCAAGACGCAGCUCAUCGCCCACGACAAAGAGGUGUACGACAUCGCAUUUAGCCGGGCGGGCGGUGGCCGCGACAUGUUUGCCUCGGUGGGCGCCGACGGCUCGGUGCGCAUGUUUGACCUGCGGCAUCUGGAGCACAGCACCAUCAUCUACGAGGACCCCCAGCACCACCCGCUGCUGCGCCUCUGCUGGAACAAGCAGGACCCCAACUACCUGGCCACCAUGGCCAUGGACGGCAUGGAGGUUGUGAUCCUGGACGUCCGUGUGCCGUGCACGCCGGUGGCUCGCCUCAACAACCACCGAGCCUGCGUCAACGGCAUCGCCUGGGCGCCACACUCCUCAUGUCACAUCUGCACUGCAGUAGCCGACGACCACCAGGCUCUGAUCUGGGACAUCCAGCAGAUGCCGCGCGCCAUCGAGGACCCCAUCCUGGCGUACACGGCCGAGGGGGAGAUAAACAACGUGCAGUGGGCGUCCACGCAGCCUGACUGGAUCGCCAUCUGCUACAACAAUUGUCUGGAGAUCCUGCGUGUCUGAAUGGGGAAUUCCUUCUCCUGUGAACUUGGAGUGAACUAUUUCAAGUGAACAUACUCCGCAAUAAGCCUGGCUUUUUUGUCUUACACGCCAUUGCUCUUCUUCUUCUUCUUCUUCUUCUUCUACUUAUACAUGUGCCCCAGCUCUUUAUUUAUUCUGCUCUCCAUGUAGUACAGAGAAGUUUCAGUUCUCCACUGACAAGAAAACGAAUUGGCAACUGCCUGUAUUCCUAACGAGUAUUAGAAACUGGAGUGAACCUUACUAUUUGAUGAGCCAGCACGUUUAUUAUACUGUCAACCUAUCCUUGUAAAAACAACAAAAAAAAAACCUCAAAUGUAAAAUUAACAUUUUAUAAGGAAUUAGACUCCCCCCCUAAACAAAUUUCCAUAUUCUCUAGAUUUUUUUUUUUUACCACAAAAUAUAUUUUAUUAAAUAUAUUUUUUAAAAUCCCGUAUUUUGGUUAUUGCAUUUUUUUCUUGAAAAUAGAUAUUUUCCUGUUUUUUUUUUUUAAUGCAUCUUUUUUUGCCUCAGAUUUUUUUUUUUGCCCCCUUCCAAUAUUUAUAUUUUUCCCCCUUUUUUUCCCCACAUCUUUGAAAUUUUUCCUGGAAAAUAGUUGUUUCCUUAAAAAUGUAAAUUUUCCUCCUAAAAAUAUCCAACUUUCAUCUGGUAGCGUCAAUAUUUCUUUUCAAGGUGUCCCUGAUAGAUCCUCAGCGUGGUAGUUCUUGGAACUUGGAACACGGGUGAAGAUUUUGAAAAUGUUUGUGGGAUGUUCUCCCAUGAUUUUGGUUGUCUUGUGAAGACUGAAUACAAAAUUCCAGUGGUUCAAACGUUGCUACUUAGACUUUUCCCGUGGACGGCAGCAACCGUUCAUUUCUUUGUAAACUCCUCUGCUCCUUUUCUUACGUGUCCCCUGUGCCGAAAAAAAUCUUUGUCCUCUCGUUUCGCUCUACGCGUCGAGGUCGCGUCCUUGUAGCAUGCCAUUACAAGGCAAAGGGGGAAAAAAAAGUGUACAUACAUAUAAAUAUAUCCAUUUAAACAUGUCUGACAGCGAAGUGAUCAAGUUGUAUUCUUUGUUUUUUUUCAUUCGGUCUCAUGGAAUUUGCUCAAAUAAAUUGUAUUCCUCCAUGUGUCAA